AUGCCCAAAGUCAGAGAAUUAAAACAUCACGAACAAAAACUUCUCAAAAAAGUUGAUUUUUUGAAUUGGAAAUCGGAUGGUGUUACUCCCGAAUAUAAAGAAUAUAUUUUAAAAACUAUUCAAAAAUAUCAAUUGCGUGAUCAAAAAGAAUUUUUCAAUUAUCAACGAAUUGCAACACAAAUUAACAACACUAUCAAUAACAUCAAACAAUUAGAUGACAAACUCUAUAGAGAUUUUAAAGUGAAUCAACUCGUCAUGCUCGGAAAAAAAUUAUUUGAUAUGGGAAUUUUAGAUUCUGAAGCUGAAAUUGAAACCUUGAACAAAAUAACUGUUGGUCGUCUGUGUAGAAGAAGAAUAUCGUACUUGUUAAAGGUGUUACAUUUUGCAGAGAGUGUUCGAUUGGCGAACAUGUACAUUCAACAUGGACAUAUUCGAAUUGGUCCUGAAGUGGUGAGAGAUGAAGCCUUUCUUGUUUCUAGAAAUUUAGAAGAUUUUAUAACUUGGACCAACAAAUCCAAGAUUAAGACAACCAUUCAGAAAUUCAAUGAAACCUAUGAUGAUUUUGAUGCCAUGUUAGAAUAA